AUGCGAUAUUUUUCCACAAGAGGGAAAGAUCAACUACUAUCUUUCGAAGAGACCGUCCUCACGGGCCUCGCGCCGAACGGCGGGCUAUACAUCCCGGAGAACAUCCCAUCGCUACCACACGGUUGGCAGAUCGCGUGGAGGAACCACUCGUUUGUCGACCUCUCAGUUGAGGUUCUCUCCUUGUACAUUUCUCCCGACGAAAUCUCUCGCGCCGAGCUGCGGGCCCUCGUCGAGAAGUCGUACUGUACGUUCCGCCAUCCUGAUGUCACCCCUGUAAAGAAGUUGGACGACAAGACGUACGUUCUGGAGCUCUUCCACGGCCCUACAUUUGCAUUCAAAGAUGUUGCAUUACAAUUGCUGGGCAAUCUGUUCGAGUUCUUCCUAGUGAGGAGGAAUGCGCGGAAGGCUGCGGGAGAGAAGCAGGAGAAGCUGACG